GGCAAAUGGGACAUUGGUUUUCCUCCACUCAAUGUCUCAAACCAACGUCCAUCUUCUUCCCAAAUGCUUCUCUCUGCAAUUACUCCCCAAAACCCUCGUCUCUCUCGUCCUCUAAAUCCCAAUUCUACCCUUAACUUUUCUCGUAAUUCCCACAAACUCCCCGAUUCCGCCACUUCCACUCAGAGAAGGCCCCUCCGCUUUACCAGCUCUUGUUCGCCGUCUUCUUCUUCUUCUUCUCUACAAAAUCCUAACCCUAGCCCCAAUGCUCUCCGCCACGUCAGCUCGGAUGAGGAACCGGAACCGGAACCGGCUAUGCUUUCUUCGGCCUCGGCCGUCGCAUCGGCAAUUCGCGGCGCUUCGACCUCACCCGUCGAGUUCAUGCAGAGAAUCGAAAACGAUAGGAAGAGCGGCCUGGUGCUUCCGAGUUCCGAUUUUCAGAGGCUUUGCGUCGAACAGUUGGACCUCUUUCGCCGAAUAGUCGAUCCCGAUGUCCUGCUCUCGGUCUAUGUAAGACCAGCUGGUAGUUAUGUAAUGGACCGUUUGGAGCUGCGUCGGGUUACCGCGUAUCCUGGAGUGAAUGCGGCUGAUAUUGUGAUAUUAGUUGGUAGUUUCAGCAUGCCCACUGGUUUACGCGCCGCAGAAGCUGUGCUUUCCAGUCAGCAAGUGGAAUUUAUACAUGAGAACAAAGCUGUGGUUUUCCCCAUGGUGAAACACCCAUUUGUGGUUGGUUUCUUGGUUGCUGAAUUUCAGAGUAUGGAAAUACUCAAGGAGGGGAUUGUGCAUAGCCAAGGGCGUGAUAUGAAUCAUCAUUCAGAAUCAGUUCCUGGGGAAGCUCAUGCUUGGCCUUUGGACACUAAUGUGAAGUCGUGGGAUAUUCAGACUUUGGAGGAGGAGUCAAUGAGAAUGUACAACUUCACUGCUGAGCAGAAAUCAAAUGCUAUCAACAUCUCUCGGUCUCUGGCCAUGGCAUAUGUUAUGGAUCAGAAAGCAAUGUUACUUCAGCAAUCCACAUGGCAGAAUAAUGUCAGGAUGAGUAAUCUAGUUGAGCAGAUUCGUGGUCCUCUUUCUAGCAUCCAGACUUUAAGCAAGAUGUUAUCUAUUCACACGAAGAAAACUGAGAUUUCAUUUGAUAUUGUUGAAGACAUCUUGACACAAGGUGAUCGUAUGAGGGAUACUCUCCAACAGCUCCAAGAUGCUGUUUACAUGACAAAGGCUAAUAUACUUCACUAUAAUGAGGAAAAAUUGAAGAAGAUUCCCAAUUCAAGUUUUACCAGGGAUGGGUCUGGCACUAAGCUCCAAAAUCUAGGUGAACCACUUUCCUUAAGCACUGCAGCCAAGGAUUUAGAGAUGCCUAUGCCACCUCCUGCUCUUGCGCCUGUACAUAAACAUGGACUUAGACCAUGCAGUGUUUCUGAUGUAUUAGUAGAUUUGGUGGAGGCUGUGAGUCCCCUUGCUCAUAAGCAGAAACGUGCAGUAGAACUGAAUGAACUAAUACAAUCUUUGGAAGUUGCAAUAGAAGAACCUGCUUUGCGCCAGGCCCUAAGCAAUUUGAUUGAGGGAGCAUUGUUGCGAACACAAGUUGGGGGAAAGGUUGAAAUUGUGUCAAUGAGAGCACCAGCAGGUGGUACUCUUGUAAUAAUCGAUGAUGAUGGGCCUGAUAUGCACUAUAUGACACAGAUGCAUUCCCUCACCCCAUUUGGAGCAGAUCUCUGUUCCGAUGAAAUGGUCGAAGACAACAUGGCAUGGAACUUUAUAGCUGGACUGACUGUUGCACGUGAGAUUCUUGAGAGUUAUGGGUGUGUUGUUCGUGUCAUCUCACCGCGGACUAAAGAUGCUGCCCUUGGAGCAGGUGGAACCCGUGUAGAACUCUGGCUUCCUUCGACAUCAUCCGAUUUUGAUAGUCCUUAACGGGUGUUCUAGUCUUUUUUUUUUUUUUUUUUGUCCCUUAACUCUCUACGAUAGGAAUCAUAGUAUAUACAACAAUUAAAUCCUGUUUUCUCUUUGGAAUCGAUCGAAAAAAGGAGGAAAAGAAAAAUGGGAGGUGGGGGUUACCCAUGGUAUGCAAUAUGGGGUGAUAUUGUAUAGUUUGUUUUUUUGCCAUACUGCACUAUGUACAGUGUAAUACAUGUAGAGAAAUGAUUAUUUCACGGAAACCUUGUAAAAAUUGCUGUGAAUUUCGGUAAAAAUGUGCUGCAGGAUCUUAUAAUA